AGAUAGUGACCGUAGAUAGCAAAGAUCAACGGCCGAAAUCUCGUAAUUUGCGCAAUUUGGACCUUGCCCCCGGAUUGAGGAGAUAGCGUGGAAAGUGACGGGUGGGAGAAGAGAGGUGGCGGUGAGGAGAGAGUCGGUGUCGCUAUAGUUCUCCUCUCUGCUGCCGUUUUGACACGUGUCUCGUCGAGUCGAACUGCUGCUUCUGGCUAUGGCGGCUGCUCCGCAACGUCUAUCUCCUUCUUCUUCUUCUUCUUCUUCUUCUUCUUCUUUUUUGCCAGUUCGUGAAGUCGGGACAUUGAAAUUGCCGGCUAUCUUGAAUGGGCUAUGGCAGCUGUCAGGAGCACAUGGCCAGAUCGACGAAGCACAAGCAGUGAAGGAGAUGAGCUCGUAUGUGGAUGCGGGUCUACCCGGAUUUGAUAUGGCGGAUCAUUAUGGCCCUGCUGAGAUUCUAUACGGUGCAUUCCUUCAGGAGUACCGGGGAAGUCACAGAGUGUAUGGCCUGACCAAGUGGGUCCCUCCUCCUGGACCGAUGCUGCGACCGAUAGUUGAAGCGAACAUUCAGAGGUCUCUUCAUCGAAUGAAAGUUGGUUCGCUUGACAUGCUGCAGUUUCACUGGUGGGACUACCAUGACGAGCGAUACCUUGAUGCGUUGCGUGUAAUGAAGGCUCUACGGGACGAAGGGAAGAUCAAGAAUUUGGCGUUGACAAAUUUCGACACAGUGCACAUGAAGAAGAUUCUCGAUUCGGGGAUACCCAUUGUUUCCAACCAGGUUGCCUACUCCGUGAUUGACACGCGACCGGAGAAGGGUAUGGUUCAGUGGUGUCUACAGAACAAUGUCAAGCUUCUCACUUAUGGGACCUUGCUUGGUGGCUUAUUAAGUGACAAGUACCUGGGAAAGCCGGAGCCUCGCGUGACAAAUCUCAACACUGUUUCCUUGAAAAAGUACAUGCAGACAAUACGCCAGUGGGGUGGUUGGAGCCUUUUCCAGGAACUGCUGUCAACGCUUCGGUCAAUUGCCGACAAAUAUAACAUCAGUAUCGCAAAUGUGGGAGUACGCUACAUCGCAGACAAGCCAGCAGUUGGUGCAGUGAUCAUUGGGGCACGACUAAGUAUUUCUGGGCAUGUGGAGGACAACCUGCGGACUUUCUCUUUCCCUGGGCUUGAUUCAGAUGAUAUCCAACGAAUAGAGUUAGUUGUACGCAAAGGAAAGGUGCUUCGUGGAGAUUGCGGUGAUGAGUAUCGCUGAAAAUUGUGGCAGAGAGUACUUGGAUGUAAGGGACACUGGACCCAGUUUCCAGACUUAUUAACAAAAAAAAGCAAGGUUUCUCGUUAAAAAAAAAAAAAAAAAAAAAAAAAAAAAAAAAAAAAAAAAAAAAAAAAAAAAUUUUUUUUUUUUUUUUUUUGUAGCAGAGCACCCUUUCACCGCUGCAUAACAAGAGGGCUUCUUCCCUGAUGUUUCCAGCAAGUUGCAUCGUCAGCAAUUUCCCAGAAGCGAUAAUGGGAAAAUUACUUUAUUAGUAACCAGCAUAAUUAGUAAUUGCUAAUUCCUAAAUUAGUGUCUUCUGUUUCUUUGGAGUCUUUUUGGAUUGAUGUGAUGCAGAUGCUGAGAGUUCCUUAAAGGACCAUUACAUGCCAGCCGUCGGGCGCGGGCCACUUUCGGAGGCCACCCACCACCAAUGUAUUUUAUCAACGGCACGCGAGCCUCUGAAUUUUUUUAGGAGAGGCUCAAUCGGGGGAUUCUCAUCGUCGCUGGGGGGCCUUGUACUGGUGGUUUAAACCGCCAGUACACGGCCGCAGCCUUGCUGGAAAAAAAAAACUUGUCGCCUACGAAAUUUUUGGAGGCCCAGCGUCAUAGAUAAAUCGAAUCGACGGCG